UCAACCUGGCUAUAAAAGCUCACCGUCGGUGCCCCGAGAACGUCAUACGCCGGUAGUACAUUCAACGGUGCAGAACUCAAAUCCCAAGUGACAGAAGACGCGUUUAAGAAGGAUUUAUCAGAAGCGUGACAGACAACCUGCUAUAGAAUUCCUUGAAGUAUAUUUCACAUCAAGUUUCGACGUUCAGUGAUUAUAGUUGAUAUAGUUUCUUUUUUUAGCAACUAAUUUUUUCACUUUUCCGUUUCUUUUUUCCCAACCUGACGUACGGAAGAUACAAACUUGCACACAAUUCGCGCUGUCGAUUUAGUGUAACUGCUGCAACAAACUUUUUUAAGGAAGAUAUACACAAGGUGGUAUAAAUUCAAGACUAACCGUUCCGGCGUUUGCGAUCAUCCAACACAGAAAAUGUUUCUAGUCAACUUUCUUGCGGCAGCCUCUGUGAUCGGCAUCGUGCAAUCCGCCCCAACAUCGACGUAUCGAAGAAGAGACGAGCUGGCCGAUCGUCCAGAGUUGCUCCUCUUUAACCAAAUUCACGCACUUGAGGAGGCGGAUUUGGGUGAAUCGGAUUCAGGACGAAGUGUCGGAGCAGCGCGCAUCAAGAGGCUGGGUUCCCUGUCGAUAGUGAAUCCUCUGGACGUUCUGAGAGAGCGUGUAAUCCUCGAAUUGACGCGCAGGAAGAUGCGCCAGAACCAGAAACAGGUCGACGCAAAUAGACGAAUCAUGCAGUCGAUUGGAAAACGCGCGAUCACCGACGCAGUCCAACUGAACUCGAACGAAGAUUCCGAUCCGGCCGGCUUCAUGUCCUCAAAGGCAGAUGAUUUUCUCUACUCCUAUCGCAUUCCUGAAACUGAUCUUGCACCCGAAGAUCGCUCAGGUCAGCAACACCGGCAGCAUCUUGCCUCCGACAGAGGCACGGAAAGGCAACAGGCUUGGGAAGCUUUGCAGGAAUCAGAAUCCGACCAAACGCGAAGAAUGGGCAGUGAAUUAAGCCUGUUGUAAUCAUUUAUUCCACAAUCUCGAAGAAAGAUAACUGAAUGACAGCUUCGCUUUUUAUGUAGCUCUCACUCGGUACAGUUUAGAUGUUGCCAUUAACGUAGUAUCAUUUAUAAUAUUCCAUUAAUCUAUAUAGAAAAAUAUAGAGUUACAUGUUUGCCAGUUACUCUUUCAGUACAAAAUAAUAUAAAGAUAAUAAGUUAUAUACAAUUAAUCGUCCCUGAAGUAUGUGAAAGAUUAUAAAUGUCAUACUUACUGUGUGGUAAGUGCCAUAUUUAUGUAUGUAAUUAUUUAUUUAUUCAUUUGUUUAUUUAUUUAUUUAUUUUCUUAAAUUACAAAAUAUUAAUGAUGGGGCAAACAAACAGUAUUAUGCAUUGAGAUUUUUCUAAACGAAUUUUCCGAUCCAAGUGUAUUGUAGGGAAACGUAAGAACAGAUUAUGCAGUCGUACUAUUUAUCAUAGAAAGAGAAUCAUUGGGAAAUUUGAAAAUGCUUAUGAGACACUCUUUGUGCAUCGAUGUUAGUGAUAUAUAGAACAUAUAUGAUAUGAAACACAAGAAGACACAUCAGGAGAAAUAUAAAAUACAUUAUAAUAUACGAGAUAUAUAAUAAUUAUUAAACCUUGUCUACCACAUAUUACGAGCAUUACUUGUGCCGAUAAGAAUAGAGUACCAAUUUUACAACAUUUAUUUCCUUCCAUAUAUAAUAAAGAUGUAUAACAUAUAUAUUACUGUAGCUUCGCAUAUGUUGACACAAAACGGACACGUAUACACGCACAUCUAGACACGACGGCAUUCACAUAAGCAUGCGCAGAGAAACACAAAAAUGUAUGUUAUAUACGGAUAUAUCUGAAUUAUUUAAGAAUAUUUAUACUAUUUAUUUUAGAGAUAUAGACUAUUUAUUUUUUGCCACGAAAGAACGCUUUAUUUAUUGUUACACGUAUGUAAAGACCAUUGAUUUCCAGUACCUAUUUACUAAAUCCAAUCAAAUUAAAUUUAUUUGUAAUAAAUUUUGUUUU